AAACAAGAGGAAGUCUAGACUUCCAGCUGGAGCUUUUCUAGAGGGGGCCCGCAGGUCUCGGCGUGUCCCCCCUCCCCAAAAGCUGCACCAGCAAGCUAGCACCCUGAUUAGACGGGCCUUGGGAGAGCUACGAGGCUCCACCAGUAAAAGAGAUCCUCCAGCAUUUCUCUUCUGCCAGGGCUUUUGGGGAGCCCCCACAGCAUCCCCUUUCAGAAGUAGCUGAUCCUUCACAGCUCUCCUGCAGCUGCUUUCCCUGGUGUGAGCCCCACAACCACAAUGGUGAGGCUGUCCAAGCCCAAAACUUUCCAAGCCUAUCUGGACAACUGUCACCGACGCUAUAGCUGUGUGCACUGUCGAGCACACCUGGCCAACCAUGAUGACCUGAUCUCCAAGUCUUUUCAAGGAAGCCAAGGUCGGGCAUAUUUAUUCAACUCUGUAGUGAAUGUUGGAUGUGGUCCAGCAGAAGAACGGGUACUGCUGACAGGCUUGCAUGCUGUUGCUGAUAUAUACUGUGAGAACUGCAAGACCACCCUUGGAUGGAAAUAUGAACAAGCCUUUGAGACCAGUCAGAAAUACAAGGAAGGAAAAUACAUCAUUGAACUCAACCACAUGAUCAAGGACAAUGGCUGGGAUUGAAACCAACAAAGAAUUCCCACCACUUUCGGACAACUACAUGUAGGGGUGGAGCAUAAGAAAUGACAAUUUUAAAAAAACUGCCUCUGCCUUUCCAACCAAUGGGCUGCCAUCCAAAUCACAUCUGGAGGCAUCUGAGUUGUGAAGGAGGAGGCGGAGCACCUGCCAGGAGGCCAUACCCACAGCUCAGACAUGUCACCAUCAUGUGGGAAAAAGUGGCAGAGCACAAGGAGACACUUGGGCCCGGGGCGGCGUGCAAGCAGGGUUGGGGGUGGGAGGGGAGGAGGACUGUGGGUUUGUUGUACAGAGGGAGUCUGAGGAGGGGAAAUGUACAGUGGAAUGGGGAAGGGUUGGCUUGUACAGUAUUUGUGAGUUUGUGUGACUAUGUAUUAUAUAAAUAAAAACCUUGAAGUGA